UUGAUUGACACAACUUUGCUCCACUCACAAAGUAUGGAAAGUUCAAUGGGCGUUUGCGUUUCCUCUCGGGGCCUGUAUGACCUGCAGUCCUAAGAUACGUACUCCGCGAUGCGUGGAUCACAUCUCGUACGUUCGAAUUCGGACGGCUAGUAAGGUCCAGAGUGUGAACAUCUGGGCGAUUGCUAAUGAAACAUCAACGAAUGUUGUUGGAUCAACCAUAGUAAACGCUUCGUUGACCAGAGGACUGUGUGUCUGGUUGCUAAUGGAAGCGGAUGGUUUUGUUCGGAGACGGCGAAUGACAGCGGAGACACCCGGCGGAGACGCCGCGGUGGCUGGCGCUUCCGCAGGCGCAGAAAUACGAUGGCUCACCGGUAGGUUCUUGGGUGUUUCCGAGGGUAUAGUUGGUACUUUAGUACCCCGGAUCGGAGGAGAGUGUGAACUUAACGCCGUACAACUCUAUGGGUCCCAAGAAGUCUCGGAGAUGUCCGAACCGGACUAUGAAGGUCUGCCACGGGGUGCUUCCACUAGCACCUACAUGUUAGCCGGCGCUGUUGCGGGUAUCAUGGAACACUGCCUGAUGUUCCCUAUUGACUGUGUCAAGACCCGCAUGCAGAGCUUACAACCUGAUCCAGCUGCACGCUACCGUAAUGUGAUGGAAGCUCUGUGGCGCAUCAUGAAAACUGAGGGAAUCUGGAGGCCAAUCAGAGGCCUUAAUGCCACAGCUGUGGGGGCUGGGCCAGCCCAUGCGCUUUACUUUGCCUGCUAUGAGAAGCUAAAAAAGAGCCUUAGUGAUGUCAUCCACCCAGGAGCCAACAGUCAUUUGGCAAAUGGAGCUGCAGGAUGUGUGGCCACACUGCUUCAUGAUGCUGCCAUGAACCCGGCUGAAGUGGUGAAGCAGAGAAUGCAGAUGUAUAACUCACCCUACCGCGGCGUGUUGGACUGUGUACGCUGUGUGUGGCAGCGGGAAGGGCUGGGGGCAUUCUACCGCAGCUACACCACGCAGCUCACCAUGAACGUGCCCUUCCAGGCCCUGCACUUCAUCACCUACGAGUACCUGCAGGAGCUGCUCAACCCCCAGAGACACUACAAUCCUGCAUCUCACAUGGUGUCGGGUGCCCUGGCCGGGGCCAUCGCUGCCGCUGCCACCACACCGCUGGAUGUUUGCAAGACAUUGCUGAACACCCAGGAGUCUCUGGCCCUGCAUCCACUAAGCCAGAGUGGAGGACACAUCUCAGGCCUGGCCCAUGCCUUCAGGACGGUGUAUAGGCUGGGCGGCCUGCCCGCAUACUUCAAAGGUGUGCAGGCUCGUGUCAUCUACCAGGUGCCCUCCACCGCCAUCAGCUGGUCAGUCUACGAGUUCUUUAAGUACGUCAUCACCAAGCACCAGCUCGAGCGGUGGAGGAGCCAGCGGGAUGCGGAGAAGUAAGACGGGCAGCUCGCUCUCUGCAGCUCUCCUGGCCUCGAGCCUCUCUCCCUGCCCCGCACCACCCUGCACCUGUACCAUCAACCAUGCAUCUAUGCUGCAGAGGGAAUGACUAGCUGGACAAAAAAAUAUUUAUACACAUAUGGAAUCCAUUCACUCAUUUCUGUUUACCUCCUCUAAGAGCAGUUAAAUAAGACCUAGGGGUCCAUGUAUGACUUGGUGCAAAGACACAAGUGGUACAUGAUGCUGCAGUUCAUAGUAGUGUCAAGAAAGCGUAUCUCUAGCAACCCAAUUGUCAUUAGUUUCGGUCCCACCAGGGGGCAUCAGAUGCCUCUACUAAGAUAAAUGAAGGGAAAGAGGAUAAUUUAGAAGGUGGUGUUUAUACUUCCUCUGUGUACUAUAGAAGCUGGGGAAAGCAGUCUUCAAUUUUAAAAUGCAGCCAUAAACCAUACAUGGAAAACAUGUAGAUUCUGUGAAAUAAAAUGUAUUCAUUUAUUGCUGAAUAUAUUUUUAAGAAUUCACAAUAGCUCAAAUUUCUAACCAUAAUUUAUGAGAAUUUAUUAAUCAAAAUAAUUUAUUACAAAAUUUGGCUCAGUAGUGAUCAUGGAUUUAAAAAGGAAGUACAUCCCAUAACAAAUCUAUUUAGUUGAGACAUUUCUUUACCAAAGUUAAAUCACUGUUUUCAUCCAAAGUGUAUUUCAGCAGACUCCCAGGAACUACAAAUAGUCACCAUCAGUAUUCUAGAGGGCAUAAAUGAGGAUAAGUGCAGUUGAAUCCCCUUUUCUUUCUCGUAUUUACUUCCCUGCGUUAUCUAUGGGUAUGCCACACUAAAAACUGGCAGUCCGAGCAUCAUUCCGAUCUCUUCUUACUUGCAGUAUUGACACUGGUGACCAUUUAAAAGACAUGACUGCAGUUGCUGUAAUAUACAGUAGUCUGAAUGGCUGUGGGUAUGGCCCCUCUGUUGCUUGUCUUGACUACUAUUCACUGUUGGAUCUUUUAUGGCCACAGUGCUGUUUGCAUCUGUCUCUUGUACCCUCAUUUUUCAGCUUUCAAUAAAGCAGCAGUGCAGUGACUCCUGCCUGCUUAAACUGCA